UCACGCAAAAUAGAAUGGCAUCUUAUUCUGCCAGUCCACUCGUCAUUUUUUGUAAAUUGCCGCACUGGAGAAGUCAGCACACGGCCGUGGUGAGCUUAGUGACACGAGUUCAGGACCUGCCUGAAGCUUAUCAUCUAACUUAUCGCCAAGUGGCCGAAGAACACCCUCGUGCUUCCUAUCAACUGUCAUCGCCUGCGCGGCAUGUGGCAGCUGCUCUCUGCUAUGCUAUCCUCCUCGCAGUGUGUGGAAUGGAGGCCCGGCAGAGUUGCUGCUUUGGAAAGACUCGCCUUGCCCAUGGAGAGACGGCGCUAACCCUGAAGCGCUGCUGUGUGUCCUUCAUGUGCAACAAUGGGGACAUAGAGACAGUGUACUUUGGCAAUCCCGAGACUGGCGAGUGUCAUGAGGAAGAUAAGCAUCCUUAUGGCAGACAGAAGUAUUUGUAUCCUGAGUGCAAGUUUGAUGGGCAAAUCUACCCCAAUGGGACAAAGCUGCUGGCACACUGCAGCGGCCUGAUAUGUGUGAAUGGCCAGUGGGAGGCAACAGGCAUUAUUGAGGACUGCUGUGCACACUGCUUCCUGUUCAACACCCAUCAUGUGUAUACCUUUGAUGACAACCUCUACAUCUGGGGCAGCCCAUGUAACUAUAGCGUUGUGCAGACUGGCCUGACGCACCAACCCAAGGUGGCCAUCUUCAGUAGCUUUGGGUCAUGCUUCAAUACUAAUAGCCAACCAUACUGCCUCCAGCAGACCACCUUCAGAAAUGACCCCUACACUGUGAUCACCCUCAUGAAUGAGCCGGGUGAUGCAAUAUUUGAUAUCCUGGUGAAUGGCAAUGCGUACACCGUGCCGGACAACGUGGUGCAGGAAGUGAGGUCUUCCCCUGUACUAAUCCACCCUGUGCUGGCCUGGCGAGAGUUGGGCUGCGUCUUUCUGCUUGGCUCCUCAGGCUUGAUGAUAAAAUACUGCCUGCAUCGGAUGGAUGUGUGGGCAUUCCCAACACUCUCCUCUACCCCUGAUUCCCUCCAUGGCCUGUGUGGACACUUCAAUUUCUACCCAAGUGAUGAUAUGACAGCCCGAGAUGGCAUAGUCUACCCUGUCAGCACCUACCCCUUGGCUUUCCCGGAGUCCUGGAGGACACUAGAGCAGAGUCAUCCUCGGUGCAGUUCACCAAUGCCAAACAUCUACAGCAGUCCAACAACUAGUGAUUCCUGUGUAGCGAGUGCAACUAAAAAGCAGGAGUACCACGCCAAGUGCAGCCAGUUCCUCCAUCCUGUGCUGGGUCUGGACACUGAGCUCAAAUUCCAUGUUGAUGCCUGUGAACGGGAUCUUUGCCUGAUGGAUCAAGGUGGAGUUUCUGAGACAGAGCAGCGGAUGUGGCUGAUUGAGAUGGUGAAAAUCACCCAGCACAGCAAACUGCUCCUGGCCCAGAUUAAAGGAGUGUUUGUGCCACACCCUCUGUUUGCUCCUCUGGAAGGUUUCUGUGUUGCUGGCUCCUCAUGGACACAGGAGUGUAAUAGAUGCGGAUGUACUGAGAGCAGAUCAGUACCAGUGUGUACCUUGAUUUCUUGUACGGAAGACUUUUUGCCAAAGUUGGGUGGGGAGUUCUGCACCAACGGGUCUCGGUGGCGGAUCAGCGAUUGCAACCUUUGUGUGUGCAUCAACAAAGGCAUCGUUUGCUCCUUUGAUGAGUGUUCCAGCACAACCCUGACUGUCUCCACCUUCUCAACACUCCCCCCAUCCUUUGUGUGCGGACUGCGCCCAGAACCUGGCCUCUGUGACCCCGUCCUGCAGUGGUACUACGACUUUGAGAGUGGCAGGUGCUAUCAGUUCUUCUCCACUCACUGUGGUGCAAACCAUAAUAAGUUUGACACCAAGGAGGAUUGUGAGGCGAUGUGUGGCUUCCUCACCACCUCCAGAACAGUGACUCCAGCCACUCCAGUGCCACUGCUAUGCUACAUGAGGUGGGAUGCUGGCACCUGCAGGGAGGCUGAACUCAAGUAUUACUAUGCCCCAAGCACUGGCACCUGCAUCCCGGCCUAUUACUCAGGCUGUGGUGGGAAUGACAACCGGUUUGACUCCCUGGAUGAGUGUCUGCAUGUGUGUGGCAGGAGCGACACCACUACAACAGAUACCACCACCACCACCACCACAAUCACUGCCAGCACCUGUCCUCCUGAAAUGCUCAUCUGCCCUCAAGACUGUGGCAUAAAGUACAUCAUCGACUUUGCCACUAACUGCCCUAGGUGUGUGUGUGACUUCCCCACCUCUGCCUUCCCCUGCCCUCCGGAACUCUCCAUCUGCCCUACACACUGUCCUGUCACUAUGGUAACAGACCCUCUAACCAACUGCAGAAUGUGUGUGUGUAGUCUGGGCCUUCCUCCUCCAGCCUGAAGCACCCUGUAGCAUGUCCCUCCCUUGCUCACCUAGCCUGGGUCACAUUGUAUAGACAGCCACUAGGUGAAAUGAUUUGAAAGAAAAUGACUGAUAUCAUAUUUUAUACUUGAAGAUCUGCAGUUCCUUCUUCUAACCAUACAAUGUUGCCAUGUGAUAACCUGCAUACUUAUGUCUAAAUUAAUUUAAUCUUUUGACAUUUUUUGGUAUUUAAAUAAUUGAGAGGAAGUAUAAUGUUGCCAUGUGGUAACCCGCAGACUUGUCAUAUUUAAUCUUUCAACAUUUUUUGGUAUUUAAAUAAACAAGGAAAUUCA